AUGACAAUCCGAACCUAUGCUGGAAUUUCAGCUUUGUUGCUGGCUUCUCUCUUGAUGAGUCUCAUUGGAGUCAUUGGUGAGGGUAAUUUCUAUAAAGAUAUUGACAUCACUUGGGGUGAACAUGGUAGUGUAAAAAUACUAAGAAGCAACUUUCUCGUUCUUUCUCUUGACCAGUCCUCUGGCUCUGGCUUUCGGUCCAAGGAACAAUAUCUAUUUGGUAGAAUAGACAUGCAGCUUAAGCUUGUCUCUGGUAACUCUGCUGGCACAGUCACUGCAUAUUAUUUAUCUUCUGAAGGUCCAAAUCAUGAUGAGAUAGAUUUUGAGUUCUUGGGAAACCUCAGUGGAGAGCCCUACAUGGUCCAUACCAAUAUUUACACCCAAGGCGUAGGGAAUAGAGAACAACAGUUCUAUCUUUGGUUCGACCCUACCAAAAGUUUCCACACCUAUACUAUUGUAUGGAACCCUCAACGCAUCAUUUUCAUGGUAGAUAACAUCCCUAUUAGAGUCUUCAACAACUAUGAAGCCAGGGGAGUUCCAUUUGCUAGCAGCCAGCCCAUGAGGCUAUAUUCCAGUCUAUGGUGUGCAGAGCAGUGGGCAACAAGAGGAGGGCUGGUCAAAACCAGUUGGUCUUUUGCUCCUUUCAAAGCUUACUUCAACAACUUUGAUGCUAAAGCCUCUUCCAGGAUUGAUAAUACUUGGCAACCUCAAGAUUUGGAUGCUAAUGAUGGAAGGAGUCUUAGAUGGGUGCAAAAGUAUUACAUGAUUUAUAACUACUGCAAAGAUUACAAGCGAUUUCCCCAGGGACGACCUCGUGAAUGCAGGCGCUCUAGAUUCUCUUGA